UGCUCUUCUGAACGCUACUAGCCACCUCAAAUGUCGGGCCGAAAACGACUGAAGAGGAAAAAUAGCGAAGAGGAUUUUGAUGCAGACGAUGGAGAUGAUGGAAUGGAUAACGACGAUAUUAACAAAUGGGCCUGUCAUUCGUGCACAUUUAUGAAUCGUGCAGCAGCUUAUCGCUGUUUUGUUUGCGGAACUAGAAAAGGAACCUCUACUCGACGUUCAACCUGCAAUGAUAAUGUUGUCGAAAUGCAGAAAACAAUCACAACAAUGGUACAAAAACAAGUGGAGAAAGAAAAAUCAUUAAAGCGAAAAGAACGGUCUCUAUUGAAGUCGGCAACACGGGAAUUAAGUGAAGGAGUGUCGACGAAAGAAGUUAAAAUUGAGGAACCAGAUAUUGCGUCUGAAAAGCCAAGGACUCCGGUACCCGAGAAACAGGAAGAGGUUUCAGUGGAAAAUGUAGAAAUCGAGAAGUGCGAGACGCCAACUAAGUCUAAAUCAGCAACGGCGAAACCACCAUCAGCCAAAAAACUUACAAAACGGACAGACGAAGAUAAGAAGUCAUCAGUUGCGACUAAAAAGGCAAAAACGACAGAAGAGUCUGUGCCCCAUAUUGAAAGUAAUGUUAACACGGAAUUAGUCAAAGAAGAAAAUAAGAAACCAACACCAGAAGAUUCUAUUGGCCCUGUUUCAAGUGAUAGUCUUACUACGAACCAAGGCGAAGAUCAGUCGACAGCACAAACUGCUUCGACAUCAGCACCUUCAGUAGUACUUUUACCAGAACCUACGCCUAAAAUAUCUGUCGCUGAAACAAUGGUUGUUCCGAAAGCACUUCCCGCAUCUAUUGCAAUUCCGUCAACUUCCACAGCUUCAGUUUCAACUCAUCCAACUGAAAAACCGAAAGAAGACUCGAUCCUCCAACAUCUUCCAGAGCGAAUCGUUAAAAAGUUGAACCAGCCUUCUUCCCUCAACUACGACUUGCUCAAGGUUCACAAAAGAAUGACCGGGAUUGAUCCAAUAGUUGCUGAAUCCGAAGCCGUGUUAUUGCCGCAAGACUGGAACCGACAGAAAGUCAUGAAAGAACUGACAGCUUCGUUCGGAGGAAAUCAAGCUUUAAGCCCGACAACAUCCAGACAAUCAUCAGAAACUGACUCGUCGUCUUCCGAAGGAAACAGAAGCUUUGAAACACCGCUCAAUGAUGCUUCUAUCUUCAAUUCGAAAAGCUGCCAGAUUCCGGAUUAUAUGAUUAAUAGAGAAGCUGCUCAAAAGAUCUUCAUUGUCGCGAAUGGGUACCCCGCUUAUUUUGAAGAGUUCCCGAGAAGAGUUUAAUAAAUCCUUAAAGGAUAAUUUAUGAAUGAACCCUCUCACCUUUUCUUCCACCAUCAAAUUCAAUUUUAAUCAUAUUAGUACUGUUAACCAUCUCAUUCGUAGCAUCAUCUGUGUUUGUUUCCCCUUUUUUGAUAACUGACGCGAAAAGAGUGCUCUCAAAACAUGUAUACUAGGUAUUUCUGUACCCUCUAUCAGUGCCUUCAACAUAUUCUGAUUCUACUUCGUCCCAAUUUUCUUUCCGGUUUCUUCCCAUCUCCAUCCAAACGAAAGCACAACAAGUUGUCAUCAUUAGAUGUUCCUUUGCAUAACUUUAUUUCUUACACUAACUCUCUCUCUCUCCCGCUCUCGAUCUUUCAUCAGAAAUCUGAUUUUUGAUCGGAUCUCUCAAAUAGUUUUAAACACUGUCAACCACACUCCAAAUGCUUCAUUUUUGUACAGUUUUUGAUUCGUAGAUUUCACCAAUUUCUUGUAGAAUUCACAAACAAAAACUUCUUUAUAAUAGACUCUAAUGAGUGAAUAUAAUAUUUAAGUUUAAUAAACAUUUGAAAGAGACUUU